AUGCGCCUCAAGACAUCAUCGUCUCCGCAUCCCAACAAGCCUGACAAGCGCAAGAAGCGCAAGGAUCGCGAGGACGACCAAGUCGAACCCAAGUUUCCCAAGCGCCGCAAAUGCCGAAAGACUGUAGACGAUGAUGGACAUCGACCCCUACUAGCACCGCCUGAGGCUGGUCCGAGUCGUAUCCCUCUUGCUCCCACAUCAGCCGAUGAAAUAGAUCCACAUGGACGAGUAAAUUCCCCACUGCCUGCUCCGAUCAAUCCUUCUCCAAAGGCUCCAAAGGGCGCGGAGAGUUUGAAGUCUACAUUACAGGCCAUGGUCGAGGGAAACAUAUCGUACCGGUACAAAGAGAAACUGUUCACCAAGUAUCUUGCUCUCGACUGCGAGAUGGUCAGCGUUGGGGCCAAGGGCGCACAGCCGUUGGUGGCGCGGGUCAGCAUAGUCAACUACUACGGCGCGGUGCUGCUGGACGAGCUCGUUCGGGAGCGCGUCGUUGGUUAUCGCGCUCGACAUAGCGGUAUAAGCAGACGCGACUUGGUCAAAGCUAAAUCGUUCGACGAGAUCCAGAGCCAGGUAGCAAAGCUGUUGAGGGACAACGUCGUCGUCGGGCAUGCUGUUCUUAAUGACUUGAAAGCGCUAUCCCUCGAACACCCGCAAACCCAGACCCUGGAUACACAAUUCUGCGCAUGGCGCCACAAAGUCUCUACGGCCAAACACAUUGCCCUCCGGGAUCUCGUAACGCAGGAACUCGGGUUCACGAUGGGCAGCGGGGCGCAUUCUUCUGUUACCGACGCGCGCGCGGCGAUGGCCGUCUUCCGUCUCCACCAGCGGAAGUGGGGGAGGUACUUGCGCGCCGCUGCGGCGUCGAGGAAGCGUCGGAACAAGAGUAAGCGGAAACUGCAGACAGUGGACUGGGAGCGGUAUUGCGACGAGUGGGGUUGGUAG